CGUAGGUAGAUUGCCUGACAAAUUGCACAGAUAAACCCAGUACAGAAGAAAAGGAGGGAUAGAGAUAGAGAUAACACAUAUUAGGAUAAUGAAGUACAGUAAAGUAGGAUAGUGUUGUGACUGAAGGAGCAACAGGCGAUUGUGAUAGCCAGGACAGAGCAGCCAACCCUGGGAAGAUGCUGUGAGGACUCAGGACUAGAGCCAAGUGAUGGAGGUUGAGAGAGCCAGCAGGCGGACACGAUUGGUCAGAAUGGAGGAUCAGGACAGAAUGAGCCAAGCCUCAAGUGUUGUCACAAUCUCCUCUUUCCCUGUCAGAAGCAAGGACGGUGAUGACAGGGUACACACGUUCGGGAAGAGAUGUAGGGCAGCUAAGAGAGACCCCAACUGCCCCGUGGUGAUCAGGGGUUGGCUCAAUAAGAAGGACAGCUCUGGGCUGAAACUGUGGAAAAGAAGAUGGUUUGUCCUGUCUAACUACUGUCUGUUCUACUACAAAGGCAAAUAG